GAAGAAGAGGAUGGACAUGAGCAGCGAGUCGAGCGCGGCCAGGUGGUACGAGCCCCCGAGAUCCACCCUGGAGCCGCCCUCGGGGGGUGCAGGAGUCGCGGGAGUCGUCGCCAAUCCGACCGAUUACAGGGGUUACUACCCCCACGCUGGGCCGACCGCCCAUCACCCGGCAGCCGCCGCUCACUAUGCCCACACAAGGAUGUCGAGCAGCGGAGUGGCGAGCGGGCCGGUGAGCCAGGUGUGCCGGCCGCACUUCCACAGCUCGGUGCUCCACCCGUGGCUGUCGGGGAGCGGGGCGGACACGUCGAAGACGCCGUGGGGAUUCCCGACGACGACAGGCUCGACCGGGAGCGCGGUGAGCGACGACAAGCCCCAGAGCCCCCUGGGAUCCUCCCUGCCCCCGACCACCGGCAGCCUGUCGGGCCACGGCGGGGCCGGCCACCACCUAUUCUCCUUCCCCCCGACGCCGCCCAAGGACGCGACCCCCGACAGCAUCACGGCCAGCACCACCUCCGCCACCAACAACAACAACAACAACACCAACAACAACAACAACACCACCAGCGCCAACGGCAACAACCCCCUGUCCGGCCUCGGGGGUGGGGCGAGCAGCGAGUACCAGGCGGCCGUGGCCCACGCGGCCGUCAUGGGCGCGUUCAUGCACCACCAGGACGCGCUGGGCGGCGGGGGAGCGGGCUCGUGCGACGUGAAGCCGAGCGUGAUGCUGGCCCACCACCACGGCGCCCCGUCGCCGCCCCAUCAACAGCACAACGGGACUGGGAACGGCGGGAACGGAGGGACAGGGGCGAGCGGAGGCGGCGGGGCCGGCGGCCAGGUGAAGCAGCGCGAAGAGGGCCGCGAAUGCGUGAAUUGCGGCGCGACAUCGACGCCACUGUGGAGACGGGACGGUACCGGUCACUACCUUUGCAACGCUUGCGGCCUCUACUACAAGAUGAACGGGCAGAACCGACCUCUCAUCAAGCCGAAACGACGGCUGUCGCUGCAGAGUGCGGCGAGACGGGCGGGCACCAGCUGUGCCAACUGCAAGACCGCGACCACCACGCUCUGGCGAAGGAAUCAGGCCGGAGAGCCAGUUUGCAACGCGUGCGGCCUCUACUACAAGCUGCACAACGUGAAUCGGCCGCUCACGAUGAAGAAGGAGGGCAUCCAGACGAGGAACAGGAAACUGUCGUCGAAGAGCAAGAAGAAGAAGGCCGGCGGGUGUCUUGGGCUCGGUGGCGUGAUGGGUGAUAUGAUCAAAGCCAGCGGCCACCUAGACCUCGACAACAAACCCUUCCACUCAGGCUUCGGUUCACCCAUGAGCACGUCGCAGCAUCAUCACACGAUGCACCCAGCGAUGCAGCACUACAUGUAUCACACGGGGGUGGGCGUCGCGGGCAGCCUUCACCAGGGAUUCGCGCCCCCGGCGCCGCCACCCAUCCACCCCCACUCGCACUCGCACUCCCAUUCCCAUCACAUGACGAGUCUUCAGGGUCUCCAGUUGGCGGCCACGACGAACGCGAUGACCGGUUGGCGAUCGGAGUACACAUGAAUCGUGAACGAUCAACAGCUCAGGACGCAGCCCACCACUCUCGUUCUAACGUAGAUCGCGAGCCUCGAGCUCUCCUCUCUUUCUCUCUCCGCGAAUUGUACCGAGAGACGUUCGAGAGGCGCGGGAAAAAGGAAGCGAAGAGAAAAGGAAUACGUGGAAAAUCAGACGAGUCGCGAAAACGUACGUU